GUAAAUUUUAGAGAGAUCAGCCACUUAAUUUGUUACGAAAUUUCUCUACACUAUCCUUGCUAGCUUUCACAUAAACCCAUUAAUUUAAUUUUUUUUCCAUGGCAUUCAUCCUUCCAAGUAUUCCAAGCCUUACUACUUUUAGCAGCCUCCAAGUCAAAUUGGCAGCAAGCCAAGUGAAGGGUGAGCAUGUUCCAACUGACAUACCAAGACACCAACUCACCACUCUCAUCAGAUCCAUCAUCAACAAACAAGACGAACCACAACCCUUUUACGUUCUCGAUUUGGGAGUUCUUGUCAGCCUUAUGCAAAAAUGGAACCGUUGCCUUCCCAACGUUCAGCCCUUCUUUGCUGUCAAGUGUAACCCUGAGCCUGCAUUCAUUGCAGCAUUGGCAACGCUCGGUGCGAGCUUUGACUGCGCUAGCAAGGUGGAGAUCGAGGCCAUCCUUUCUCAUGGUGUAAGCCCCUCAAGGAUAGUCUACGCCAAUCCAUGCAAGGGUGAGAACCAUUUAAGGCACGCAGCUGGAGUCGGGGUCAAUCUUGCAACCUUCGACUCCAUGGACGAACUUAACAAGAUAAAAAGAUGCCAUCCCAAAUGUUCCUUGUUGCUCCGAAUUGCAGUCCCAAAUGACACGAGCUCCUGGCGUUCAUUUGGGACCAAAUUCGGUGCGUUGUCCGAGGAGGUGGCGCCUCUCCUUAGACAUGCACACAAACUAGGGUUGAGAGUGGUGGGAGUUUCAUUUCACGUGGGUUCGAAAGCUUCGGAAUCUCAAGUGUACCGUGGAGCAAUAGCAGCUGCUAAGGCUGCAUUCGACGUGGCAGAUGAGCUCCAACUGCCCAAAAUGCAUGUGCUUGAUAUUGGUGGUGGGUUCAAGGCAAACCCGUUAUUUGAUGAAAUAGCCGAAACCCUAAACGACGCUAUUAAAGAACACUUUGGUGAUCAUCAAUCGGAGUCUGAUCUGGUGGUGAUGGCUGAGCCAGGAAGGUUCUUUGCCGAAAUGGCUUUCACAAUGGUUGCAAAUGUGAUGGGGAAGCGAGUGAGAGGAGAGAAAAGAGAGUAUUGGAUUACCGAUGGGAUAUAUGGGUCGUUUAAUCUUCCGGCAUUUGAUAAAUCUUGUUUGACAGUUUCACCCCUCCUCCUUCACACUCCUGAUCAUGAUCAUCAUUCAGUAGCCAUAUAUUCGUCGACGGUGUUCGGACCAACCUGUGAUUCGCUGGACACGGUGGUGGCUGACUGCAAACUGCCGGAACUGAAGUUAAAUGAUUAUCUCGUGUUUCAUAACAUGGGGGCUUACACAAAUUCGGUUGGAACCAACUUUAAUGGCUUCUGCAUUUCUGCUAUUCCCACGUACUUAACAUUUACAAGUGCUAAUAAUUAAUAGGGAAUGAAAAACGAAAACAAAAAAAAUACGAAAGUAUGUGAUCGAUCUUCCCUUCUUGUCUAUUGUUAUAUAUAUGUACCUUGAGAGUGGCUUUCAUGA